AUAGUAAGUAGGAGUACUAUUUAUUCUUUAUCAUGACACAUUUGUAAAAAAUCUGUUUUACAACAAAGAAAGAAAGGGUUAUAUUAGACCCGAUCCAGUUAGUCCAAGUCGGUUAAAACAUAACCCGUUACCCCGCAAAGGCGGCAUAGUCGACAUCCUAAAGAAAAACAAAAGUAUAAAUUGGUGUGAAGACGAAUAGAAAACAGAGACGCAUUCCAAUAUCUGCCUUCACCGCCGCCCAACUCCCAUCUCCGAUCAUCCGUCGCCGGAUUUCCGAUUUGACUGUUUUCUCAACCACUAUGGAAGGCCAGGUUGGAGAUGGUAGUAUAUUGGUGCUUGUCGAGGAUGUUAUGGUACCCAUUAGUGUGGUAUACAAUGCAAUCAGUAUCUUGAAGAAAGAGGGAGUUAAGAAGUUGGACCCUGUGAUUAUUACUCAAGCUUCAACCCAGAGUCUGACAUCAGUGGAAGCUGCAUCUAGGGAUAUUGUUGCUCUCAUCUGUAGGUCCCUUGAGUUUCCUAGUGAUAAAUUGUGUGGGGACAUCUCAAGGGUGUUGAAGCCAGGUGGAACAGUUCUACUUUGCUUAAGUUCUCAAUCAGGCUCGAAGGCAAGCUCCACCCAUGAGCGCAAGUUAUUGUUGGCUGGAUUCUCUGAUGCAGAGUCAUCUGAAGACGGCCGCUCUAUCGUGAUAACAGCAAAGAAGCCUUCAUGGAAAGUUGGUUCAUCCUUCUCUAUCAAGAAAGUCACGAAAAGUUUACCGAUAGUUCAGAUUGAUGAUGAUUCAGAUCUCAUUGAUGAGGAUAGCCUCCUCAGCGAAGAAGAUCUGAAGAAACCUCAAUUGCCUAAUGUUGGGGAUUGUGAAGUUGGAAAAACGAGGAAAGCAUGUAAAAAUUGUACGUGCGGACGGGCUGAAGCGGAGACAAAAGUGCAACUUGGACCAACUGCUGAACAACUGGAUAAUCCUCAGUCUGCUUGUGGCAGUUGUGGUCUAGGUGAUGCUUUCCGUUGCAGCACAUGCCCUUAUAAGGGUCUUCCUCCAUUCAAACUUGGUGAAAAGGUAACGCUUUCCGGGAACUUUCUUGAUGCUGACAUCUAAUUUCAGAUGGUAACAGUCCAUUGCAGAAACUGUUGAACUGAUGUCAAAGAUUUGUUUGUUCACCCUCUUUUGGUUGAUGUAAGAUGAGUGAACAUAUAUGUACUGUUGUCAAAGGCAGACUGUGUUGUGUGAGCUGCUGUUAGACUGCUUAGAGUUAGAAUAGAAAUGGUUUUACAUAACAGAAUGCUAAUGGUAAUAAAUGUACUUCCCAAUC